AUGGCGAGCUGGGUCGCAUUGAAUGUCGAGCCGGAUGAUGGUAUUGAAGAUGAGGUUGACGAUACGAAGGAGCUUCAGAUUGAGGAGGCAUUGAAGCUCUAUCAUAAUGCUUUAAAGCUCCAUUCACAGGGCCCAGAGUUCUACUCCCAGGCGGCAGAAGCAUACGAAGCUCUUCUGAACUCCGAGAUCUUCAAAUACCCCGAGUCCAUCUCCGAUUUUAGGAGACCUGCGCCCCUAGAGGCGCAACAGGCGGGGGCAGUUGACGAUGCAGUAGCAGAUGUGGUCACUGAAUUCAAUGUUAACGAUUCUACCUCCAGUCUCUUCCAGACACUCUACCUUUCCUACAAAAACCAUGGAAAAUACCUGCUCGAUUCCCUGCAUGAAUCCCUACGAAAUGUCCCUCAGAAUACCGACACGGCCUCGGUCACCACACGCAACACAAAAACAACAAAGAAAGCAUUAGGAUCCUUCGCAGAUGCUCUUGAACGUGAUGAUACUGAUCUGAAUCUAUGGAGGCAGAGCGCAAGGCUCAGCAGCGCUCUCCAAAGUUAUCGCCUAAAUCGAUUCUGUCUCGAAAGCGUCCUGGCCGAUGACGAGAAUCGCCUCGAGAUGCGCUCGGAACAACUUGGCUUGGAAGAGAUAUUUUCAGAGGAGCGCUUGCGCAGUAUUCUACGUUCCCUAUUCGAUGAGCUUUCUGCGUCCCAAGUACCCGUCAAGAAGCCGAAGAAAGCCCUCGUGAAGUAUCUCAAACAGCACGCCGACCUUUAUCCUUACCUGCCUACCCUCCCUGUGGAACUACACGCGUUAGACCCUUCUAAGAAUACCCUCGCCAUCUCAACAUCCCGUCGGGAUAUAGAGUCGUCUGAUGCCACCUGGGAAUCAGUUGGCAGGGCCAUGCUCGAGACAUUGGAUGCCGAGGACGAUACUUCUAUUACGACUAUCCCUAGUCAAUCUAUACGUCUCAUCCUUCCUACUCGGAGUGCAGAGGCAAUAGAUUCUGUUGAAAUGAUGGAAGAGCCAGACAAACUUUCUGAGGAUGGCGUACAAACGAAAGUGGAGGAGGAAGAUAUCGACAUGGAAAAGGAAGAAGACCAGGAGGCAGAACCCGAUGAUACUGCUGCCCAAGCACCGAAAGCUCUGUCGGAACAGGGAGAGGAACAGUCUUCCAUCGAUCAGAGUGCAGAAAAACAACUUAUGGAAUCAUUGGAGGGUCAAUCCGUCCAGCCAGCCGAAACUGAUGUCCCGGCUGAUGAAGCCAAUCCUGAAGCCAUUGAUGAGAAUGCUGACGAAACGGAGCCAAAAUCGCCUUCAAGUACUCGAAAACGAUCGUCUGCGUCGGCUGCGAAUGAGGAUCAGCCAGAAGGAGGGAGGAUGAAGAGCAGGCGGACACGGGCUCGGGAGUCCAUUGCCGAGAACCCUGUACAGCCGGAAGAAGUCGCAUUUGAUCAGGAGAAAUAUUACGAAGACCGCCUGGAAGUCUUUAUCAAUGCCGAUGACUGGAUGUUCAAUACUCUCGACUCUCUGUUUUCCAAGGUUGGAAUGGAAGCACUAGGGAGUAUUCAAGAUCUUAGGGAGAAAGCCGCAGCAAUCGACGACUCCGAAGAUGCGCCGGAAGACCCUGAAGCUCGACUGUUCAAGGAUAUACGUGGCAUUAUCAAAGGCUGGAAUGAUGAAAAGUCUCGAUUGAUGCAGCAAAAGGAUGAUUCCUCAUCUGUCAAAGAUAUCCGCGGCACAAGCAAGUCUGGUUUAUCUGUCUUUCUUGAGCACUCAAGAACAGGCGCUCGGAAGCCGGUAAUCCAGCAAAAGCUUUAUUCUGAGGACGAGCUGUAUCGAUUCUCGGAUAUGAUAAAUGAGAAUUGCUUUCAUCCACACGAAGCUUCAUACGAGUGGCUGAGAUCCCUUCUUAUGCCUGAAUUUGGGCAGGUAUCUUCAGAAUGGCCUGUGAUGAAAUCAACGUAUGCGUCUCUACUAUGGCCACAAGAACUAAAAGACACUGUUCUUGAACUCAUAUUUCGGGAGGAUGAGUACAUUUAUACUCGUCUAAGUGAACUUGUUGCUGCCGUUGAACGGCGUGUUCUCAAGUGUGACCAAGAGUCUCCAUUUGAAUAUCAUCCGAUCGAUUUUUUCCAGGUUGAAAUGAUCCAAGCGAUCUAUGAGCUCCAACUGGAUGCGUUUGGAUCUCUUGAUAGUCAGGGGAAUGAGGCUAAUCAAGAAAAGCGUCGAAUGCAAAGCGAUCGCCUUUCUAGAUGGUGCAUUCUUUCCCGGUCAUCACUGGAAUUACUCAUUGAUUAUUGUCCCUCCGAAGAUUGCAGACAAAACAUUUCUCUUCGUCACUUAUGGACGUCGACGUUUCAUAUGAACCUUGCUGGCGAAGCUGAACGUGAGCAUGUCCUGCUGUGCCUCCAGGACCUCAAAACUAUUCUUCAGUCCCUUGGAGAUCGGACCAUGACUCUCCUAAACAAUUCCAUCAUUUCAGAACUGUCUGUUGCGAUGAUAGAUCAGGAGAUGCUCAAGCUCAAGUGCAUGGAUUUUUUCGCCAAAGUCUUCAAUACUAAAGACGAGGAUCCCGUGUCUCUGAUUGAGGCCAUUGAACCGAUCCUUGAACCUUCCUCAACAGAGCAUGCAGAGAAUUCUCCCAAAAAAAAUGAGUCAAAUGAUUCCUCAUCAACUUCAAGUGAAAUGGCUGCCUUUCUAGACCGAGGGGAUGCAACACUUCGACUCUUCCUAUGGCGAAGACUCCGGGAGGCAUACCAAUCAAUUGAUUACCCACCAAAGGUAGUUUCAUGUUAUCUUCGAAGCAUUGAGACUAUCAUGACGGAACUCGACGAUGCGAAACAUCUCGAGGAAACAACCGCGCAUCGACAGCUCAGUCUACUGGGCUGGCUCAAAUCACUUGAUGCAAUCAUGGGGAAAGCUAUACCUCUCAUCACACAACAGUUGGAAAAAGCAUAUGAGUGUGUAGAUAUGGAUCAUUUGCAAGCUUCUAUGUCCGCUGUCGCCAGGCUGUCCAGACUUCUUCAAAGCCUCAUUAUGUACGAGGACUCGGUUCGUGUGGGCCAGAUUUCUGGCCGUGAUCUUCGUGGAUCUUUGGCAAAGUCUUUAGAAAACUUCAAAGAAAGAAUGCGAGAACUAUAUGUUCGCUGCUGGAUAUUGCAGUAUACCUUAUUCGUGGAAGCUGUCGACCAAAACAAAGAUCUUUUUAACGAACCCCUGGAAGAUCGAAUUCACAUUCUUCGGUCUGUGCACAAUGCUCUAGGCGUCCGAUCCAUGUGCAGAUACUCGCAGAAGAGAUUUCUCAAACUCAUGAAGUCUGAAAUAUUUGAACUUGAAACGAAGGGCGACUAUGAGCUCGACGUCUGUCAGGUACUCCUUGACCUUCAUGGCAUCAAGUUCUCGCCGCUGGAUGGUACUACAGACCAUGGAUGCUCCCCCGAAAAAUUGGACCGCCCAACAGCGAUUAUGAUGAUCGACUUUGUGAUGAGACAAGCACAAAAAAUGAAUAUGAAAGAUCUUUCAAAAUCCGAGUUGAAGACAACAAUCGAGAAAAUGCAACAGGCGAUCGGCCCAGCGAAACUUCUUGCUCAGUCACCUCAGAUGGCUUUCAAUCGGCGUAUUUUCAAUGGCUAUAUCAAAUCUCCCAUCAAUCCUUCAGGACUUUUGCGCGCUGUUCAAGGAGUAUCAGAACUGUCAAUGAGAACUGUUCCUGGCGAAAAUGCACGGAUUGCCGCCAAGGGUUGGUAUUUCCUCCUUGGUCAUGCCACACUGACAAAGUUUCGCUCCCAAAAACGUCUUAGUCCCGGCUCUACUACGGAGCUUGACGAUGCCAUCAACUUCUUCCGACAAGACCUAGAUCAUGGAUCAGGCCGGUGGGAAACCUGGUAUCGUCUCGCCCAGGCUUAUGACACGAAGCUUGAUGAGGACAUAACAUGGGCAGCGGAUAAGAUCAACAAUAACCGCGGAGAUCUCGCAGCUACUCAGAGAUAUGCCAUUCAUUGCUAUGCAAUGGCGGUUUCAGAAGCUAUCAGGACCGCAGAACCCAGUUCUGAGACACGAGGACUUUUGUCGGAUCUCUACACCGAUUUCGGAAUCCGCUUGUACUCAUCCUCUCGCGAACCGCUGACAAUGGGCGCCUUUGGCCUGGAGGACUUCCCCCGGCACUUCAGCAGUGAAGAAAGCCAGCAAAUGUAUAAGAGCCGUCCAUUCAAAGAGAUGUCCCUUUUCUCCGUGUGGAACUUCGCAAAGAACCUUCUCAAGAGGGCCCUCGUUGAUAAACCGAAACGGUGGAUGACUCAUUACUUCCUUGGAAAAUGCCUUUGGAAGAUGUAUAACUGCGACGAUUCAAUGCGAACGACAUCAAAAAGUGUAGAAAUUCAAGACGUUCUGGAUGCGCUUCUAGAUGCUAUAGCAAGUCUCCCCCAGCGUAAAGACUCGCGCUCUGAUCCAAUCUUUGAGCCUCAUUUUAAGCUUCUAUCUGUGGUCCAUAAACUUGUUGUCAAAGGGAGCAUGACUCCUUCCGAGGCUAGCAAAACACUACAAGCCACGCCUUGGGCUCGUAAAGUGGACUCUCCUGAAGACAUUGAGGGAUGGAAGCCUUACAUCCUUGAAGUUAUCAGAAAGUUCAAGAGUGCCGACAAGUCUAAUUGGCAUCAUCGGAUGAGUGCCAAGGCUGCACAUGUCAUAUAUGACGAUGAGAACAAUGCCACUGCAGCUGCUGCUGCCAAGCACGAACUUUCCCAGAUUUUCACGAAAACGCUCACUAUCCAAGUAUGGCGGCCCGAGUACGAAAGACCUGGUAGACACUUUGUUUAUACUACGCGCUACGUAUACUUCUUUGUUUCCCUCCUCGAUCAGCUUGACGAUCGCGGAAGCUUGGACCAGUUGCUUCGCCGUGUGAGGAAGAAACAGGGUGAUUUUAUCAACCACACAAAGCUAUGGGAAGAUAUAAGCUUAACAUAUGCGAAGAUGAUUCGCCGUGCCGCGCAGAUAACCGAAGGAUACGAGGAAAGUGUCUUCAGACCUAUUGGAUGGGAAGAAUUCUCCACAAAGACAGCUCGUCUAGAAGGAUUAUCACAGCUUGCAGCCGAGAGUCAACCACUUCUUGAGCUUAUUCGAGAUUCGCUGGAGCUCAAAAAGCUGAACAAUAACCUCAUGAAAGUUACAAUGUUCGAGGAUCUUAUCGCUGAUCUUUACUCUCGACUUUACGAGGUUAACGCUCCUCGGCUCAUUGAGCAAGUCAAUGAAGAGAACAAAGAAAAGAUGAAAGUUGAUCAUCUUCUUAUGACUGGCGAAGGAACUACUGAGGCAUCUACUCCUGCUACUGAUACCCCAGCGCCUCGCGGUCGAACCAAGGGAAUUGCCCGUCGAGAUAUCCAGAAACGCGCAGACACCAUUGUCAAUCUCAAAUUAGGGCCUCGGACGGCAAACAAAUUCUGUGCUACGAUUGAAACCGAACAAUCAUCGGCUUCACGCGGUCCCAAUACCUCUACCGCACCUACAUCUGCACCUCAGGGGCCGGGUAAACAACCAUCUUCGACGGAAAAUGGAAUUCAAAGGAGCGACCAUAAUAGCGGACAUGACAGCGCUGAUGAAAGCGAACUUACUGAUCUCGAUGAGUCAAAACCCGACAGACCAUCGAUGCGCAAGUCACUUUUCCCUGGGUUGAGCAAGAACGAACAAGUGGAUGAGACGGAAACUGAGAACGAUGGUGCUGACGAAGGGGAAGGAGAGGAUGAAGAAGAAGAUAUGAACGACAAUGAAGGCGAGGAUGACGGUGAUGCUGGCGCUAUUGAAGCUGAGGCUGGUGGCGAAGAGGCUCAGGAGGGUGAUGAAGAUGAGGAGGAUGAAGAACUGCCAGAGGAAGACGAGGAACCUCUGGAUGCCGAUGAUGGUAGGUCUGGUGACGGAGAAACCACCGAAAAGGAUGUUGAAAAGGAUGAUGCUCCAAAUCAAGCACAGCCUAUUUUGAACCAGUCCGAGGAUCAUGGCUCCAAUGACCAAAUAAAAGAUGAGAAUACCGAAAAAUUGGAAGAUGCCAUGGAUAUCUCGUCUUCUCAAUAUCUCUCUUAA